AUGGCUGGACCAGAACUUAAUCUGAUGUUUACCUGUGACAUAGGAGCUGAAUUCAGAAGUGCAAAGAGAUAUAGAGCUUCAGCAAGACCACAAUUGUUGACAGACAAAAUCCAUGGUUUGGCUACAAGGGACAUUACAAACAGUGGUGCCACAAUAUUGUAUGAAUGUGAUACUAGAAUGCAAGCCAAAAGUGAAGCAGUCUUUUGCAACACUUUAGGUAAACUGUCUGUUUGUGACAAAGUUGUCACCCAGCUAUCUGAAGACGCCAGAGGGCAGAUCCCCUGGAUGUCUAAGUUUGAUGGCUGA